AAUCACACCGUCUACAAAGUUAGAAAGGUUUUCAGAGGAAUGAAAAUGAAUAAAUUAAUUUUUCAAGCAAUAUGUUGCAUAGUAUUUGGAUUAAGUGCUGUGUAUGUCCAAGCUGAGAUUGCCUUUAAAUGGAAUAAAAUUGAGUUUGAAAGUUUACCUCAAUCGCCGGAUACUCUGGUAGGUCCAGAUCGAUACUACAUCCCUGAGAAUAUUGACAUAGUUGGGUUGGGACUCCAUUCUGCUAGUGGAUUAAUGUUUGCCGUAUUAGCUCGCAUUAGGCCAGGAGUUCCAGCAACAAUAGCUGCUUUCUGUUUGAGUGAGCAUAAAAUAGGGUCAAGUCCUAAAUUAUGGGCUUUUCCAAAUUUUGUAAUUCAAACCUUGAGAACUUCGGAUUUCUACGGUCAGAGCUUUAGAAGCAACGCUAGAAGAUUUACCAAGAAACCCAUUUACAAUCAAGGGAUAAACUUCUACGAUUGGAACUCUCAAUACGGAGGAAACUACCCAAGUCAUCACUAUCUGUAUCAGAAGCCAAUUUAUUCCGAUCCUUCAACUCUCUAUUCACAAGCAACUGCAAGAGAUUUCAGAAUAAUUUCAACGUACCAAGUUGUAGUGGAUGAAAAAUGUAAUAGAGCCUUCUUCCUAGACACAGGCAUGGUACUCUAUGCAAAUGUUUCAUCAAUUAUACAAAAUCCAGCUCUUGUGGUCUAUGACCUCCCUGUGGAUGGAUGUGAAACGCGAAACUUCCGCCUAAUUCGUAGAAUUGAAUUUCCGGAUAAACUCGCGAAAAUGGGUCCAUUUUCCUACUACUACAUGACCCUUGAUUUCCAAUCAAAUCAAUGCGAUGAUUUAUUCAUCUAUAUUGGGAACUUCUUUGAAUACUUCCUCGUAGUUUUGGAUUACAAAAAGAAUGAAUUUUGGUACUUUAAUGACAAUCCAACAUUCAGGGCUGUUACAGCUGAAUCUCACUUUAUCUACGAUAAAACUUUGAAUUUUGUAAUGGAAUCGGGAAUUUAUUCUGUCUUCCUUGACUACCCGGACAAGAGUGGAGAUCGGACAGCUUACUACGUAGACGGAGGGAGUACAGUACAGUAUGCAGUUUCUACGAAAGUACUCAAGAAUAAGAAAAAAUCCCCUCAAAAUUACAAUAAAAAUGAUUUCAAACUAAUCGGACAUCGUGGGUGUAACACCCAGACAGCAGCUACAGUUGUAGACUACACGUAUGGGGUAGUUUUUUACGCUGAACUCCAAUCAAAGAGAAUUACUUGCUGGAAUAUGCGCAAACCCCUCAAUCCCGAUAAUAUUGGGGUUGUUUUUGAGAGUGAAAAAUUGAGUUUUCCCUUCUCAAUUAUUAUUGAUUCAAGUGGAUACCUCUGGUUCAAUUCUGGAAAUCUUGUCUACCUCUACUUCACUACGAAAGGAAUUGAUAUUAAUAAAACGAAUAUGUACUACUUUAGGAUUAAAGUUAGUGAUGCAAUUAGGGGUACUGUUUGUGAGUAUUAAGGACAUAAUCAGGGGGUAUAUAUUUAAUUUAGCAUUAAUAUAAUUUAAAGAAAAUACUCAUUUUGUUCAUUUUUUGGGGAGUUCUAAAUUAAAUCUGGAUUAGAUUAAUGAAUUUUUGCUAAAAUCUCAAACAUGUAAAGAUACAAAACCGUUUUAUAAUAAAUAAAACAUUCUUAAACUACA